AUGAAUUCAAGCGAGAAGGACAAGACCCUGGUGAGGGAAGGCUACAAUCAGAUUGCCCAAACCUACCUGCAAUGGACAUCGGACAUUGACAGAGACUCCUUGCGCACAAAAUUCCUCGACAAACUUCUGUCCAAAAUUGAACACCCUUCCACUGUCAAAGUACUUGAAUUGGGCUGUGGUGCUGGUAUACCGUCGACGAAAAUCCUAGCAGAGCGGUGUCGAGAAGUCUAUGCCGUAGACAUUUCCGACUUGCAAAUCGACUUGGCCAAGGCUAACGUGGCAAAGGACAAUGUCAACUUCAUCCGCGCAGAUAUGACUGGACUCAGCAUUGAAGUUGGAUCGCUCUCUGCCGUUGUGGCGUUCUACUCCAUACUGCAUUUGCCCCGGGAUGAACAAAUCGAAAUGUUCAAGCUGAUUUGGAGUUGGCUGGAGCUAGGAGGCUUCCUCUUGUGCAACCUUGGUGUCGAGGACAACCCUGGCAAUACAGCCGAUUGGCUUGGGACGCGGAUGUACUGGAGCGGUUUCGAUGAAAAGACCAAUACUGCAAACAUAAAGGACGCCGGGUUCACCAUUGUCGAAUCUGCAAUCAUAUCGGAUACUGAAGAUGGAAGAUUGGUGCCAUUCCAGUGGGUCAUAGCCACAAAGAAUGGGCUUGGUGCGGAACCAACCUGA